GACAUCACCGUGCUCUUGCCGGCUGUUCACCCGGUUUCGGAAGCUUUUGACUCUCUCUGUUUUCAACUUGUCCGCGUUGUCUGUUUUUUCGGGUGCUCUACCAUGGCAGACAAGAGUGAACUCAAAGCUGAGCUGGAGCGCAAAAAGCUACGGUUAGCACAAAUCAGAGAAGAAAAGAAGAGAAAAGAGGAGGAGAAGAAAAGAAAGGAUGGUGACUUCAAGAAAGAGACGACUUCUGCUUCACAGGAUGAGCUGGAUCUUGAGAGAAAGCGUAAAGAGACUGAGGCACUACUUCAGAGCAUUGGCAUAACUACGGAGCCUUCCAUGGUCCAUUCUCCUAUUUCUCCAUCGAAUAAAUCGUUGGGAACGCCAAGUGAAUCAGAGAGCCAGGAAUCUGUGGAGGGUACGGCUGGAGCCCGACAUCACCUGCAAAAACUAGGCAUAGCCCGAAUGACCCAUGUGGAUAUUGCACCUUGUGAGCGUCUCGCGCACUGUAAGGAAACCCAAACACCUGUGGUUGCUAAACCAGAUGAAGAGAAGGAAGCAGUACCAGUCCCAACAAAGGCAUCAACUGUCUUGGAGCCUGAGGCACCUGAAGAACCCCAAGAGGAGACUGAAGAAGAACACCAAGCAACUCGGCAUGACCUGACUGAGGAAGAAAAGGAAAACAUUCUUCAUUCAGAUGGAUUUUUAUCCUUUUUUAAUCACACCUCCCGAAUGGUUGAGCAAGCACUUACUGAACACACUGAUAUCUUCUUUGACUACAGUGGGCGCAACUUAGAUGACAAGGAAGGAGAGAUUCAAGCAGGUGCCAAGCUGUCAUUGAACAGGCAGUUCUACGAUGAAAAUUGGUCAAAAGACCGUGUUGUAACCUGCCUGGAUUGGUCACAGCAGUAUCCAGAACUACUGGUUGCUUCUUAUACCAAUAAUGAAGAUGCUUUGAAUGAGCCUGAUGGUGUUGCUCUUGUAUGGAACAUGAAGUUUAAGAAGACCACUCCAGAGUAUAUCUUUCACUGCCAGUCAAAGGUCAUGUCUGCCUGCUUUGCACAGUUUCACCCAAAUCUCAUGGUGGGUGGAACAUAUUCCGGUCAGAUUGUCCUUUGGGAUAAUCGCAGUAACAAGAAGAUGCCUGUCCAGCGGACUCCACUAUCUGCUGCCGCCCACACGCACCCUGUGUACUGUGUAAAUGUUGUUGGUACUCAAAAUGCUCAUAACCUAGUCAGUGUAUCCACUGAUGGGAAACUGUGUACCUGGAGCCUGGAUAUGCUCUCUCAGCCACAGGACAGCAUUGAGCUGGUACACAAGCAAUCGAAGGCAGUUGCUGUAACCUCCAUGUCCUUCCCAUUAGGGGACAUUAAUAACUUUGUUGUGGGUAGCGAAGAAGGCUCCGUGUACACAGCAUGUCGCCUUGGCAGUAAAGCUGGAAUCAUUGACAUGUUUGAAGGACAUCAAGGUCCUGUGACAGGUGUCCAUUGUCACACAGCAGCAGGGGCAGUGGACUUCUCUCAUCUUUUUAUCACUUCUUCAUUUGACUGGACUGUCAAACUCUGGUCAACUAAGAGUAACAAGUCCUUGUAUUCCUUUGAGGACAGUUCAGACUAUGUGUUUGAUGUCAUGUGGUCUCCUAUCCACCCUGCACUCUUUGCCUGUGUUGAUGGAAUGGGCCGGCUUGAUCUCUGGAAUCUGAAUGAAGACUCUGAGGUUCCAACUGCAAGUGUCACUAUGGAGGGAAACCCUGCAUUGCAUCGUGUACGCUGGGCACAGUCAGGGCGAGAGAUUGCUGUGGGUGAUUCUGAAGGGCAAGUGUUGAUUUACGAUGUUGGUGAGCAAAUUGCUGUUCCCCGGAAUGAUGAAUGGACCAGCUUUGCAAAAACGCUUGUUGACCUUAAAGCAAAUGGAAACGAUGCUGAGGAAGAAGCAACAGCAGGUCUCCUUGCAUAGGCUGAUCAUAGAUAUUUUGUCGCAUUCUUCUAAGUGGAAGAAACUGCAUCAAUUAGCUUAAAUAGGCUUCUCUUUUUGCCCCCUCUUGCCAAGUUCUAGACAGUGCAAUGGUGAAUCAUAUAACGUGCCCCAUGUGACACUAGCUUUCCAGGACACUGUACCCAGUAACAAUAAAGUUUCCUGUGUAGUUGCCUAGUUAGUGCCCAGUAGCAUAUGGGUGCAAAACUUGCAUGUAAGUUAUAUUUAUGAAGCAAUUAACUCCAUGCUUACUGCUGCUGUUUCAUUAGUCUAAAGCAGGAGUUUAUAACCUUUGGUGCAGUGAAUGGCCACGUGUGAUAGCUUUUGGGUAGAGAACUGAGAUUAAGCAGCACAUCCAGCAUUAUGUAUACAACACUAUUAGGUUCACCAUUCAGACCAAUACUUUGAGGAUAUUCCAGCCUAACAGCACUUUCAUAUCACUGAACCAUUGGCAAGACAGCUGGGCCUCAAGAUCUGCUGACUAAUUUCCCUCUGCAGCUCAUGGGCCCUGUACAAGGGUCUCAGCUAUGGGGAAGGGAGGAUAAAGAAUAGUUCAGCAAAUAGACUACUCACAGCACUUUCUAUAUCGCAAUUUCACAUUACGUCCUUAACAUGCUGAUGCUAAUCAUCACGUCAGCACCUUACAUUUCCGAAGUAAUUAGCAAGUGUUUAGAUUUUUUUUAAGAAAUUUCGAUCUUUGUGAUUUAGAAUUUUUAGAUUUGUUGUGCAUUCUGCUCCUGCUUUAACUAUCUUCUGACUCAAAAUGAUCACACAACUGAGUUUCAAGCAUGGGCUGCGUGGUGAAAGGAGCAGAGGCAAUUGAGCCAGCUGCAGUCCAGAUCAAACCCCCAAAUAAGGCAGGGUGCACUACUGCUACAGACCCCGACCUAUUCGCAGGCUUAGCUUUGUAAAGUCGGGGGGUUUAUCUAAAAGUGGCUGGGAGGGCUGCCAAGAUGGACGGAGUAGCUUGAUUUUAACUGUGGAUCACAGGAGGCUCACUGAUUUGGAGAGCUGGGAAUCUUAGUUGUUGCUCAAAGGGACCAAGCAGGAAGUGUCCUGCUAACGGCAGAGGGGGGACUCUUUUGGGUCACACAUUUUUGGACACACCUUUUUCUGAGUGGCUUGCAGUGAUCCCUUUUAGAACUGCUGGUUAGAUCACUAAAGGCCCGAGUACCAAUGGGUGGGAAGUGCUUGGGACACUUCCAUUGGCAGCUUAAAACCUGCACUGGAUUCCCCUGCAUGUUAUAGGUCCCUGACAAGGAUAUUAGAAUAAGACUCCUGAAGAGGCCCCAUGAAAAUGGUAGCAAACAAGAAAUGAGGCAGUUUUUGUGGGCGGCACGGUGGCACAGUGGUUAGCACUGCUGCCUCACAGCGCCUGAGACCCGGGUUCAAUUCCCGACUCAGGCGACUGACUGUGUGGAGUUUGCAAGUUCUCCCCGUGUCUGCGUGGGUUUCCUCCGGGUGCUCCGGUUUCCUCCCACAGUCCAAAGAUGUGCGGGUCAGGUGAAUUGGCCAUGCUAAAUUGCCCGUAGUGUUAGGUAAGGGGUAAAUGUAGGGGUAUGGGUGGGUUGCGCUUCGGCGGGUCGGUGUGGACUUGUUGGGCCGAAGGGCCUGUUUCCACACUGUAAGUAAUCUAAUCUAAAUACAGUAAUAGGUAAUUCUGCUCAAUAAAAUUUCACACUGUUUGUAUUACAGCAGGAAUUUUACAGCAAAGAGCACGAGCACUGUCUUACAGAAACUUGUAAACUUAUUGGAAGAAAGGUUUACUAUUGGGUGAUUAGUUCAUUUCUUUGGGAAUUCACUUGGUAAAUUUAAUGAAAAUAGACAAUGGUUUCGGAUGUCAUACUGAGGACUGCACAGAUAUAACGGACAAAAAAAUAGAUUAUUCACUGUGUUUAAAACAUGAUGGUGAAGAAUUGCAUGGGGAUCACUUGGGAUGUUUCUGGCUUUAUAAUAAUCAUUGUGAGGCCAGUGAGAAAGGAUGAUCAAUUGUUUGUGUAUCCAAAAUGUUUGCUGUCAUCAAUAUUCCAAAUGUUAUACAAUAAGAUUGAGUAUUCAAGAAGUUUCUGAUGAGCUUGACAUAAAGGAAGGCAUAUUUAGCUCAAAUUAAUUUUGGAAGUUAUUAAUUUUAAAAGUUUUUUAGCUUGCAGAACAGCAGUUGAUUAACAGAUGGCAUGUUAUGCUUGAUGUGUUCCUAUAUUUUCUAGAGAUCAUCCCUGUUUUUUGCUACAGGUCAGCAGAGUGUAUUUUCCAUUGCUGGCCUGGAUGGAUCCUCCUGUGUCCACAAUUGGAAAACUUGAGCAGUCUCUACAUAGCCUGGAGCCCACUGCUAGCAAGUUUCUCUCAGAAGCAUUAACAAAGUUAGGGUUCAUUUUAAAUGUAGUCCACUUUCAAAAAUUUUAAAGAAAGAUCUUUCAGUUUUAGAAAAUGUGGAUCGAACCUUCUUGACAAUAACAGGAUUUCAUCCCCACUGUAUUCACUUGAACAUUACCUUGACCAAUUUUGAUAGUAAUCUCUUCAAAAGGAGUCUGACAAGUUUGCUAAACACAACUUUUCAUUUGCAAAUCCAUGCUGGCUAUGUCCAUCAGAUCAUUAUUAUUACCAAAUGUACUGUAUUGCCAUGUAAGUGAGUACACCCAAGGCUCACCAGACUUGUCCCUGGGAUGGUGGGACUAUCCUAUGAAGAGAGAUUGGGCAAACUGGGACUGUAUUCUCUAGAGUUUUAAACAAUGAGUGGUUGACUCAUUGAAACUUACCAGUCUAUCCCUUUAGCUAUUUUGUAAGAUGUUUCCCCUCAUUGCAGAGACUGAAAUCAGGAGGACAGUUUCAAAGUAAAAAGAAUGCCAUUUUGGUCUGAAAUGAAGCCAAACGUCUUUUACUCAGGUACAUGAAUCUUUGAAAUUCGCUACCACAGGUGGCUGUAGAGGUUUAGACCUCAGGUAUAUUUAAAGUAAAGAUUGGUAAUUAGAAAUCUAUCAUUGGUAUACACAGUUAUGGAGAUAAGGUGGUUAAAAGACUUAGAAGUGUUCGAACGUAUUGAAUGGAAGAGUGGGUUGGAUGGCCUACUGCUGUCCCAAUGUUUUUAAAAAUCCACGAGGCAACAUCAGAGCAGAUAAGCAAAGACCUGAAAAGCAAGAUUCCGAGAAGGAAGCAGAGAGCAUAAAGCAGCUGAAAACACAGCCACAAUAGCAAAGCAAUAGAAUUAGGGGCAUUUAGGAGCUUGAUCUUAGAGAAGUACAGAGGUGUCCAGAGGGCUGUAAGGGAUGGAGGUGGUUACAGAGAUAAG